AUGUCUGGCAUAAUUAAAAAAUUAGCAAAAGAUCCUGUGGAUAUACUCGAUAAAAGUGUUGAGAGCACAGAUGCAUUAGCCUUGGUGAAAGAGUUUUUCGAUCCUAUUGCAAAAGGAAAUUCAGUUUUAGAGGAAAUUUUUAUCGAUGGUUUAGAUGCUUCACAAGUCUGGUCACAAGCAAAGAUCAUCUUAGAUUCAACAACUGAAUCUCUUUUAUUUGAAAAGAUUCCAUCUUUGAAAAGCAAGAAUGGAUCAGCACUUGGUGUAAAUGGUGAUGAUGAUGCUGAAGAUUCAGAAUUAGAAGAACAAAUUUCAAGCAAUGAAGAAGAUAGCGACAACAGUGAAGAAGAUGAACAAGAACGUCUAAAUGAGGACGAGUAUGAGAGUAACGAUGAAAUUGAUGAACAAGGGGAAUUAGUUGAUGAUUUUGAAGAAGAACCUUUAUCAGGUGAAGAUGAUGAAGAAGGUGAAGUUCAAGACAACCAAGAUGAAGAGAAUGAAGUUGUCAAAAAAGAUGCUUUUGGAUUGAAUGAUGAAUUUUUUUCUAUUGACGAUUUCAACAAACAAAUCAUGGCUCAAGAAGGUGGAAACAAGGAUGACGAGGAAGAAGAAGUGGAUUAUUUCAAUGAUCUCUCCGACUCCGAUGAUGACGAAGAAGUGUUAUAUUAUAGGGAUUUUUUCCCUCCACCAAAAAAGAAAUCUGUUAAGUUUCAAGAUUCUUCUAAAGAAGGUGAUGAAGAAGAAGAAGAUCUUGGAGAAGAAGAUUAUGAUACAGGUAUGAAAUCAGCUAUGACAGAUUUAUUUGACGAUGAUGAACCUGAGGCUGAAAUCGAAACAGCAAAAGAAAGUUUAUCAAGUUUUGAACGUCAACAACAACAAAUACAGAGAGAGAUAGCACAAUUAGAAACUGAAGCAAUAGCUGAGAAGAAAUGGGCGAUGAAAGGUGAAUCAAAGGCUAAAGAUAGACCUUCAGAUGCAUUACUAAAUGAAGAUUUGGAGUUUGACCGUACAGCUAAACCUGUUCCAGUUAUCACUAGAGAAGUUACAGAAUCAUUAGAAGAAAUGAUUAGAAGAAGAAUUAAAGAAGAAAAUUUCGAUGAUUUGCCUAAAAGAAUGAUGACAGAAGCAACAAAUUUCAAACCAUCAUCAGAUUUCCAAUUGAGUGAAACUAAAUCAUCCAAAUCAUUGGCAGAAUUAUAUGAAGAUGACUUCAAAGGUACUGGUGAUAAUUCUGCAGUUUCUGAAAAACUUCAACAAGCACAUGACGAGAUUAAAACUUUGUAUCAAUCAUUAUCACACAAAUUAGAUUCAUUAUGUUCAGCUCACUUCAUACCGAAACCUGCCCAAAAAUCAAUUGACAUCAAAGUCAAUGCACCAACUAUUUCAAUGGAAGAUGCUCAACCAUUAACUUCAUCAAACGCCAAUUCACUUGCUCCUCAAGAAAUCUUCAAAACCAAAUCAUCAGCUAACGAUUCAGAAAUUCAAUUGAAAUCAGGUACUGUCUUCUCAAGAGAUGAAUUAUCAAGAGAAGAUAAACAAAGACUUAGAAGAGCAAACAAAAGAAAGAGAUCAAAAGAAUUUCAAUCUCAAGAUCCAAGUAAAGUUAAGAAAUCAAAGAAACAAAAUGUUAUUGACACUUUAUCUAAGGCUAAUAAUGUUACUAUUAUUAAUGAUAAGGGUGAAAAGAGAGAUGUUUCUGGGGCUUUAAAGAAAGACAAAGCCAAACAAGGAACUUCAAUGUUGAAAUUAUAG